CAGUACUGUUCGCGCGAUCAGAGGGAUAGGAACGGCACAUCUCUGUUCCUGGGGAUACCUCACGUUCUCUCUAUCUCUCUCUCUGACUACACUAUCAACCUCCGUAACUAACCGUCAACAUCUGUACUAUCGUUGGUCUUCCGUCAACGAGGAGCAAACUGUCCCUCUUCAGUUGUUUGCCCGCUGAUGGACAGCACGGCACUGAACACGCUCGAUCAGAGGUAAAAGAACCACGCGGUAGGUUUGGUCCGUUUGCCCCAUCGGACCGCACAGAUGCGUGCUACCAAUUAUCGUGUUUCGGCUUCGUGGGAAAUCCUCGCGGGAUUCGGACUGGGCAUUCUUCAAUUAGCUGCUGCGUCUUUCGUGGGCCCAUCGUUCCUGAAGGAACCCCCGUCACGUGUGGACUUCGCGAACGAGACGGGAGCUCGCAUUGACUGUUCUGCUGAAGGCAGUCCUCCCCCCAACAUCAGCUGGCUGUCUGGGGACGGGAAAUCAGUGGGACCGAUUCCUCAGACCAGGGAACUUCUGGCUAAUGGUUCCUUGCUGUUCCCGCCAUUCCGUCCCAGCGGCUACAGGCACGACGUUCACGCGGCAACUUACCGAUGUGUGGCCGAUAAUUCUGUCGGGCGUAUACACAGCCGUGACGUCAGAGUCAGAGCAGUCGUUCUUCAGUACUACGAGAUACAAGUGUACUACAAUAAAAACGUCAUCCGUGGUAACACCGCCUUGCUGAAGUGCACAAUCCCGAGUUUCGUCCGAGAAUACAUCACUGUCACAUCUUGGAUCCAAGACUCCAAGUUCAACAUUUUCCCAACUCCAAAAGGCGAGGGGAAGUACCACAUGUUGCCAUCUGGAGAGCUUCUUAUCCGACACGUGGAUGACGAAGACAAGUACCGCAGUUACCAGUGUCGGGUGCUCAACCGACUGACCGGAGCUACCUUAUUGAGCAGCGGACGAGCCAAGUUCUCAGUCUCAGACUCUCCUGUCGCUUCCGCCCCACGGCCGUUGGAAAAGCAGACGUCCAUUCACGUACGCAAGGGUCAGACUGCCGUGCUUCCUUGUUUCGCUGAGGGCAACCCCCCACCUGCCAUCAGGUGGUUUCGCCAAGAACAUCACCAACUACGCACUCUUCCCGAGACAGACGACCGUAUCUACAGAGUCGUCGAGUGCCUCAUAAUCCAGCAGGCCGAGGAAGGCGACGCGGGACGCUGGGUGUGUGUGGCCAACAACACAGCUGGGGUGGAACGCAUGGACGUCGUCCUACACGUCACCUUCCCCUUGAACGUCGUCGUGCAACCUUCCAAGCAGCUCACUGUGGACGUAGGGGGCAAAGCAGUACUCAUCUGUAUCGUGACGGGUACCUCCCCACAUCCCACUGCAACGCGGACCUGGCUCAAGGACGGUCACGUCAUCGGUCCAGGAUCGGAGAGUCUUGUCAUCCAGAAGGUCCAGAGAGAGGAUGCUGGUAUGUACCAGUGUCUGGUACGCAGCGAGGACGACAGCGCUCAGAGUUCGGUGCAGUUGCGGCUGGGAGCUGCUCAACCUCAACUUCUGUACAAAUUCAUCCACCAGACCAUGCAGCCAGGACCUCCUGUGUCGCUGAAGUGCAUCGCGACGGGGAAUCCCACACCUCAUAUCACGUGGCAUCUGGACGGAUUCCCUCUACCGCAAAACGACAGGUUUGUUAUUGGUCAAUACGUCACUCUUCACGGUGACGUCAUCAGUCACGUGAAUAUCAGCAACGUCCAGGUUGAAGAUGGCGGUAUCUACCGGUGUACUGCGACAAACCGAGUGGGUGAGGUGAGCCACUCGGCGGAUAUGAGGGUGUACGGCCUCCCUUACAUUCGGCCGAUGCCCAACAUCUCGGCUGUAGCAGGAGAACCUCUCUAUGUGGCCUGUCCAGUGGCCGGCUAUCCCAUUGACUCAAUUCUCUGGCAGAAAGAUGGAAGACGUCUUCCGCUGAACCGACGACAGCGGGUAUUUCCCAAUGGCACGCUCUUAUUGGAAAAUGUGCAGAGUGAUCCUGACCGUGGGAUAUAUCGAUGCACGGCGUCCAACAAGCAGGGACGCUCGGCCACACAGACACUUCCUCUCAAUGUCAUAGUUCCUCCUAGGAUAGGUCCGUUCACGUUCGGCGAACUUAUCGAGGGCGUUCGCACGCAGGUACAAUGCGUGAUCCAAGCGGGUGACCUACCUCUGACACUUCGCUGGCUCAAGGAUGGCGGUACGCUUCCGCUCGAGUUAGGCAUUCAGGUGAUGCAAGACGACUUCUCUAGCACACUCGCCAUUCCUCGCGUGAGCCGGGCACAUGCGGGCAACUACACGUGCAUUGCCGGCAACCCAGCCAAGACUGCGAGUGUCACAGCACAGCUGGUCGUCAGUGUACCACCACGCUGGAUUUCGGAGCCAAGGGAUCGAAAUGUUACCAGGGAUGAUUCAGCUGUCUUCCAUUGCCAAGCUGAAGGUUUCCCAGCCCCUACUCAAACUUGGAGAAAAGUAAUUGGUAAUUUGGGUCCAGGAAGGCAGCCGAGCGAAUACCAGGACUUGUCAAUCCACAGUAGAGGUGUACAGAUAUUUCCAAAUGGGACACUGCUCAUCCACCCUGUGUCACGAGAGCACCAAGGCCAGUACUUAUGUGAAGCAACCAAUGGCGUUGGAGCAGGUCUCAGCUCAGUUGUCUCUCUAGUUGUACAUGUUCCACCAGAAUUUGAAACAAAGUCAGCUCAGUCUAGUGUCCGUCGAGGUUCAUCUCAGACCCUGCAGUGCCAAGCAGUAGGAGAUGGACCCAUGAGUAUUGAGUGGCAACGUGAGGGAAUAAGAUUUCCAUCUCCUCUUCAACCCAGAUAUGAGGUGAAAGGAACUUCUAUAAAGGGUGGAUUUUUAUCAGAACUACACAUUACUGAUACAGUCAAACCAGAUAGUGGAACUUUCACUUGCACUGCCAAAAAUCCAUAUGGAAGAGCAGAGCGCAUUGUCCAUCUUCAAGUUCAAGAUGCGCCUGGACAACCGCAGGAUUUACGUGUGGUGGAUAACAGCAGUCGCAGAGUCCAGUUGGCAUGGUUGGCACCAAGAGAUGACCGUAGUCCUGUCCUGCAGUAUGUGGUGCAGUACCAAGAGGAGUCUAAUUCUCAUUUAUCUGAAGGAUGGCAGAAUGUGGUGGCUGGGACAGACCUGAUAGCAGUGGUUACGGGCCUGCUCCCAGCCACAAUGUAUCGGUUUCGAGUGCUGGCAGAAAAUGAGCUAGGAGAAGGUGAACCCAGUGAGCCGGUGAUGUUGCGUACAGAGGGUGAGACUCCAACAGGUGAACCACAAGCUGUGGCUGUCACAGCCACUGCUUCCGAUUCAUUACGUGUCACAUGGACUGCACCUCUCCAGCACUUGUGGAAUGGUGAAAUACUCGGUUACUACGUGGGCUACCGAGAACAUGGAUCAGGCCGUCCCAGCGGCUACAAUUUUACAACAGUGAAAGCUAUAUCUAGUGGCUCUGGAGUAGCCUUUCUGACAGACCUUAAAAAGUACCGUAAAUAUGGCGUAGUAAUCCAGGCAUUCAAUGAGAAAGGACCAGGCCCCAUGUCUGCUGAAAUUGUGGCUCAAACACUGGAAGAUGUGCCAACAGCACCUCCAUUAGAGAUCAAAUGUCAGCCUCGUAGUUCGCAGAGCAUAGCCCUAACUUGGCAGCCACCACCACAACUUUUCCAGAAUGGUCGUAUUCAGGGAUAUAAAGUAUAUUAUGAAAAUGUAGAUGAAUGGCCUCCAGGUCACAUUGAAGCAGAAUCAAAAGUUACUUCUGAUACUAGCACCGAGAUACACGGUUUGCAAAAGCAUGCAAACUACAGUAUACAAGUGUGGGCGUACACCCAUGUUGGUGACGGAGUUAUGAGUAACCCUAUCUACUGCAUCACUGAUGAAGCUGCUCCUGAACCUCCAAGAAAAAUAAAAGUUGUAGCAAGUUCACCUACAUCCUUAACAGUGAGCUGGUUAAAACCAUUACGUUCAAAUGGCCAGCUUACCAGCUACGGUGUGUAUUGGCGAGUUCUGAAAGCUGGUCAGGAGAGAGACUUGAUGAAGCGACACAUUCCGCCAAUGAACACCCAUUAUGAGGUGCAUGACCUUCAUAAGGGUGAAGCAUAUGAGUUUUGGGUAACAGCAUCUACACAAGUUGGCGAGGGGCAGAGUACUCCUGUAGUUUAUGCCACCAUCAAUAAUAGAGUUGCAGCUGGCAUCAUCUCAUUUGGUGAGACAAUUUCAGUGCGUAGACGUGGCUCUGUUCUCCUUCCAUGCCUCGCUGUUGGUAUUCCACCUCCAGAACGCACAUGGUUUAGUACUGAAGGAAAACCAAUCAUGGGUGACCCCUUUCACUUACAAACAAAUGGCUCUCUCCACAUCUCUGACAUACAGCGUCAACAACAAGGCAAUUACAGCUGCUCAGUGAAUAAUGCUCAUGGUUCAGAUGAGAUAAGCUACUUUCUGCGUGUUUUAGUACCACCAUCUGCACCAGUUUUACGUGUGGCAGCAAGAGGCUCAACAUGGCUACAGAUUCAGUGGAGUAAUGUUGAAAAUGGAGGUAGUGCAGUGCGUGGCUUUCUACUUAACUUCCGCCGUGAAGACGGAGGUGAAUGGGAGGAACGUUCAUUACCACGAGAUGCCACAUUUUAUCGUCUGCAUAGUUUGUCAUGUGGUACAGAAUAUCAAUUGAAAUUAAUGGCUUAUAAUUCAGUAGGAAGUGGAUCUCCAAGUCCAACGCUCACAUCUCGAACUGAUGGUGCUGAGCCACUCAAACCGUCCUAUAGUGAAUUUCUUGAGUCAAACCCAAGUAACGUGACCUUGCAUUUAAAAACGUGGGCAGAUAAUGGCUGUCCUAUUACUUCUUUCAGUAUUGAGUACAGAGAAACUGUGCAGGAAGAUUGGCUCACAGUUGGCAGCAAUGUGCAGAACAAAGAUAGCUUUACCAUUGCUGGUCUGUGGCCAGGGAUGCGAUACAUGCUUCGUGUGACAGCUACCAACAGUGCUGGCACUACAGUGGCAGAGUACACAGUGACUACACUACCACUGAUAGGAGGAACUUUGGGACCAGAAUUGGUUCUGGUGGAAUCGGAUCAAGCAGUUCCAGCAUACCUGGAUGUUGCAGUACUGCUGCCUCUCACCAUCUCUUUGUUAGCUUUAGUAGCAUUGUCUGCUGGAGUUUAUAUAUGUCUGCGACGAAAACCAAAUCAAGGGCCUGACCAUGAGUCAGAUGGAGGACUUGGACUGGGUCAUGGACGGGGUGAUGCAGGCCAUGACACGCAGGCAAUGGUAGCGCUGGACAACAAACAAAAUCUUGCCCAAAGGGAACAGUAUUACGCUGCGGUACAAAAAGGCAUUGCUACUCAUACAGUGGAAAGGGUACCAGAAUAUGCUGAAGACAUCUCUCCAUAUGCAACAUUCCAUGUUCAAGGACAAGGUCAGGGGCAACAGAUGUCCUCAUCUCCAGGUCAUAUGCAGACUUUUGUGUACCACGACCACAGACUUGCAGCAAUGGAAACCAUGCAGCUCAAAAGUAGUAAUCUUCAUGAUGAUUACACAAAAUUAAGAGCACAUCAAAAGAAUAAACGUUUGCGGUCUGAGAAUUCUGAUUAUUCAGGUUCUGUAGAUUGCAAGUCUGAAUUAGGGCCUAUGCCAAGACCCACAUCAAGAGGGGAGCGAAUAUCACUUCAAACUCUUUUGUAUCCCGGAGCAGAAGGACCUGGUGGGGGGCCAGAGUCCAGUACAUCACCUGAGCAAUCCCCUGUUCCUGACAGGAGAAACCCAACUCGUCGGCACCGGCACAACGUCAGGCGGCAAGAUACCAAUAUUCCAUUUGCUACAUGUCUUGAUCCCCCAACUGGUUUCUCAGAUGGCCAUGAGUUAAGUGAAGCUGAAUGUGACAUGGACACAAUACACAGACUGAAGAGGCCAUUUAAACCCUGUGAAAAUAGCUGCCCCUCAUAUGGGGAGCAAGAAUAUUCACAUAAGAAUUUUACAAUAGCUGUGUGACAAGAGAACAAUUGCAGUGAUUUGCUGUUCUAAAUAUGAGGCAGAAUCUUAAUUCUUUCUUGAAGGACUGCAAAAUGUUAAAUGCAGAUUGGCCUGUCAAUCUUUCAAGGUGGGAAAUCUGUAUUUUAGUGAUGUGGCUAUAUGAACAGGAUUUAAAGUACAUUUUUAAAUUUUAAAAGGAAUAUGAAUAUAAAUAUGUUUCAUCAUGUAUGAAUGUGCAUAUGGAAUAUCAUAAGCCUUGAAACGUUCUGAAUAUUGUUUCAGAUUAUCAGAUAGAAUAAUUAUGUCAUGUUUCAGCUGUGUCAGAAUUUGAUUGAAGAGGUCCUUUUGGCAUUCAAAGUUUAAGAAUGUAACAAUAAUUAGACAUCAACUGUAGAACAACAUUCAAGAUGGAAAUUGUUUCAUGUAAAGUUGAAAAUGUGCAUGUAAUUUAAUUGAAAUAACCAAGCUCAUGCAAGAAUCUCCUUACUGACAAGACCCCCAUAUGUUUUGUUACUGUCUCCUUAUCAUCCUAAUGAAAUAAUACACAAAGAAAUGCCAAAUUUUAUAUCUGUGAUAUUUUUAAUAGGUUUUCUAAAGAUAACAACCACAAUAACUGUGUAACACAGUGGAAUGUAUUUAUUACAGAACUGAGAGUUCAUAAUUUUUGUAGUUGGUUGCCAAGAUAAAGACAGAAGAGAGAGAACAAAUGACAGAUGAAAACAUUGGAACAUAUGCUGUAGGACAUACGUACAUUUAUUUCUCAAUGACAGUUUAUCAAAUUGCCUUCCUAUUCCAUACUUUUCAUAUCCCUGCAGUGAAAAUAAAAUGAGAGCUGGAAAUUUUAAUGCCUAUUGUAAGUGGAAAUCAACAUGUAGGCCUAUAUUCCUUGUAGAUUUGUAACUGGUUUUUUGUAACAGUGAAAUAAGUAUCAUUGGGAAAUGGAGUUCUUGUAUUGAAGUGUACUAAAAAUCAUUGCUUAGUUUGCAGAAUGCAUGCUGACAAGAAGAUAAUAAAGAAUGCUGAUAUUGAUACUGUUUUUGGGUGUCAGCCCUUACAGAUGUGGAUAUUAUAUCUGACAUUUCUGAGAUAUUUACUAUUUCCAACUUCAAGGCUUGAAACUUAAAUGGUGGACUUGUACUGUAAGUAUCACUAAGUCAUUGUGUAAUCACUGUGCCUUGAAGAUGGAAAUAGCUAGGAUCUUCAAAAUGUCAGCCAUCAAUUCCAUUCUACAUUGAUUUAUCAUCCAAAAAAAGAAGCAACAUCAGUAUUGAAAUGCUGUGAAUGCCUGAAAUCAAAUUUAAAUAUGUUGUGAUUUGCAUAUAAUACAUUCCAUGGCAUUUUUGUACUCUCUAACUGUUAUUUAUAUUCCUUUGGCAAAAGUUUAAUCAUGAUUUUUCUACUUCCAACAUUGUAAUUUUAAAUCAGUGGUGUACAGAACAGAGAGCAGGAUACAGAAUGUAAACUGACAGUGUCCAUAAAUGGAAUUCAGUUAGGACAGAUGGAGAUUAAGUUAUGAAAACGUUUAUAUAUAAUAAUAUACCAUUAGUGUUAUUAUUUUACUGGUGUUUUAAGUUGAAUUCCCUUAGUCACAAUAUCUCCACCUCUCCUAACAAUCACAGAAAGCUGUAGAGACAAAUCAAGAAACUGUGAGUGACUCUGUUGUGAAUACUGGAAAAAUACAACCACCUUAAACUGUGAAGGGUACUGUCCCUGUUUGUUGUACUGAUGAUUCAGACAUACAAUGAAUAAAUUAUUUCCUUAAACGGA